UCAACUGCUUCUCAUCCUCAAGCCACCGUCUGUAUCGGAACACAGGCUUUUUGGUUGACAGCAAGAUUAUGGUGGUGGGCUUUCGUGAGCUCUAUGGCUUUCGUGAGCCCUAUCAUUGUUGGUGGCGUGGUGGUCGCUUGUUGUUCCAAAGUGAGUCUCUGCAUAACAUCCUGUGGUGUUGUUGUCGAGGAAGAGGUAAUAGGGAAUAAGCCUUUGAAGGACGGAGGGGCUCCUUGCACUGGAUCCUUGUCUUUGCCCGAUUGUGGAAGAUGUGCGUAUGCUCCGACGACAAAAUCUUGUCCUGCAUCAAGGGUGAGAAUCUUGAUAUCUUUAGGAUCGACACUAGGCCAAAGUCUCGCCACAUCGUCUUUGGUUCGGACAACGUUUCGGAUCUCCGUCAAAAAAAUCACUGGUACCGUGAAGUGUUGAAGUCAAUCGAGGAGGUAGGCGAUCGUCGGGCAACCGUUUGUAUUUGACUGACAGAAGUUCCCUGACUUUGGAACACAGGAGCUGCAUAGUGAAUCCGUCAGUUCGUAAAGACCCCCUGAGAAAAUAU